AUGGCUAAACGAUUGACCGUCGGAAAGGGCGAAGACCCUUAUAACGAGCCGAUUCCUGAUAGUGAACUGAAAUUUUAUCAGAGGAAAGGCGCCAAGAGAAAGAGGCCCAUUCCUAAAUUCUUAUCUAAGCACGAUCAGAAAGUUUUGAAACAGGUUCGUAAUAAAGCCUACUGUUUGGAUUUGGUGUUCAACCUCUGUGGAUUUAGAUUUGGUUGGAGUGCGAUAGUGCAACUGAUACCAGUGAUAGGAGACGUGAUAAGUCUCAUGCUCGGUCUGAGGUUGAUCAGAGCUGCCCAAAAGAUUGAGGGUGGAUUGCCACAGGUAUUGGUGUCACAGAUGACCAUGAAUAGUAUUUUCGACUUUGCAAUCGGCUUGAUCCCUUUCGUAGGAGAUAUCAUAAAUAUCGCCUAUAAGGCAAACUCCAGGAAUUUCAUGAUUUUAGAAAAACAUCUAACAAAGGGCCAUCGCAAGGAAUUUGAAAAGUUAGUCAGUUUACAGGAAGAAGAGCCACCAGUAUAA